GUGACAUCCUUCACACCCGUCACACUUCCACUUUCAUUAAAAAAUAGUUCGUCGUCCCACCACCGGAAUCACGCCGGAGAAGGCAUCUCCGUCACCAGCAUAAAGUCAACUCCACCUGAAUAAACAAUUCGCAACAAAACACUUAAAAAAUGGCUUCAAUCUCCCUUUCACUUUCACCAAACCCUAACCACCUAUACAACGACACCGUUUUCUCCCCUCAGAGCCACUUUCUCCGUCGUGUCGCCACCGUUUCCACUUUCUCCGGCCGCCAUUUGAAUAAUAAAACUUCGUUAUCAACGUCACCGGAAAAGUAUCGGAGAGAGAAAGUAGCCGCCGUACGGAUGUCGUCGACGGUUUCUGAUUCACACUCGUACGACGUCGUUGUAGUUGGCGCCGGAAUAAUCGGAUUGAGUAUCGCACGGCAGCUUCUCAACGGAUCGGAUUUGUCCGUUGCCGUCGUUGACGCCGCCGUUCCUUGCUCCGGCGCUACCGGUGCAGGACAGGGAUAUAUAUGGAUGGUACAUAAGGUUCCAGGAAGUGAGAAAUGGGAGUUAGCAACGAGAAGCCGUCAACUAUGGGAGAAAUUUGCGGAGGAUGUGAAGCAUCAGGGAAUGGAUCCACAAGAGGUUCUUGGCUGGAAGAAGACAGGAAGCUUGUUGGUUGGUAAAACAUUGCAGGAAAUGGCAGCACUGAAAGAGAAGGUAGAGCAGCUAUCGAAAGCCGGGCUCAAGGCAGAGCUCUUGUCCAGCACCGAACUGCAGGAAGUAGAACCUGCACUUGUGAUUGGUGAGGAAGGCGGGGCUGCAUUUUUACCAGAUGAUUACCAACUGGAUGCUCGGCGUUCUGUUGCGUACAUUGAAAAGGAGAACAGGAAGUAUGCAACUGAAGGAAGAUACAGGGAGUAUUAUAAUCAGCCAUUGACUGGUUUGUUAAGGUCUGAUAGUGGUAAGGUUGAAGCUGUUCAAACGUCGAAAAAUUUAUUGUAUAGCAACAAGGCAAUAGUAAUUGCCACUGGAUGCUGGACAGGCUCUUUAAUGCAAGAGCUGAUUAGGAAUCUCGAUAUUGAAUUUGAUGUCCCUGUAAAGCCCCGAAAGGGUCACCUACUGGUGAUAGAGAAUUUUAAUUCCUUCAAACUGAAUCACGGUUUAAUGGAGGUAGGCUACGUCGGUCAUCAGGAUGCUACUCGACAACCCAGUGCCGAAACCGAAACUUUAUCUGUUUCAAUGACGGCCACCAUGGAUACAUCAGGAAAUCUUGUUCUUGGAAGCAGCCGGCAGUUUGUUGGAUUUAACACAGAGAUAUCCGAGCAUAUAAUCAAUCAGAUAUGGGAACGUGCCGGGGAGUUUUUUCCUUCUUUAAGAAAACUUUUGUUAACAGAUUUGGAGAAGACUAGAGAAGUCAGAGUAGGGCUAAGACCCUUCAUGCCUGGUGGAAAGCCUAUGAUUGGUCUUGUUCCUGGAUUGUCGAAUGUAUUCCUUGCUGCUGGCCAUGAGGGAGAAGGAUUGAGUUUGGCCCUUGGAACUGCUGAAAUGGUUGCUGAUAUGGUUUUGGGCAAUCCAACCAAAGUUGAUAAUGCACCCUAUGCAUUGCAUACUCAUAGUUCUUGAAAACAGUUGUAGUGUUUUUUGCGUAUUACCUAACAGCUGCUCGAGUGCUUUAAAUUAUGCUGACAAUGAGCCUGCCGACUCUGAGAAGCCAUCCGGGUAUUUGAAAAAUACAAUAAGCUUUUGGAGCUUAGAAGCAGAAAUAGAGCAUCCUGUAACAUCAGUUUAACACGCGUCUACGCGUAUGUGUGUGAUUGCUUCAUUGAAUAAAUGCUUGUGCUUUUUCAUCUGUUGUACCUGCCAAAUUGUAUCAAAUUAAAAUAAUGUCUUGUAAAAUAAUCUUGAAAGCUAAUGAAAAACAGCUAGGUCCAAAAUUUCUUCA